GCAGGUUUGACCAGCGCGGCUGGCUAGCUGCUUAGCAGAGUCUCAAACCUAAACCUUAGUGACACAGUGAUGGGCUGACAACUUUACUUUGAGACUGGAUGUAGAUAGGUGACCCAAUCAUCGUUGCAACAGAAGUAUGUGUCAGAGCACAGGAAAAGGUGUCUGUCAUAGAGUAAAUAAGUACUCAAUGCAAGAUGAAUGCAGAGGACAAGCUGGAGGGUAUGUUGCUGAAGUGCAGCAGUGGAGGAAUAGAUGGAGGAGGCAGAGUCAGCCUGGGAGGCGGAGGACUGGUUGUGAUGACCCUGGGUGAACGAUCGCUGGCGAACCACCCCCUGCUGGCCGAGGACGACGACGAUGAGGAUGAAGACGAGGACUUGACUGGAAACUCCCUGGUUACUCAUGAUCUGGUCCCGCCAGAGCAGCUGAUGAUGCAGGAGGAGGUGACAAGGAACGGAGGAGGGGAAGAGGAGGAAGGAGGCGAGGUGGGAGUGCAUUACCCCCUAAAACUCACCAAUAAGUUACCCUGCUUGCUUCAUAUGCCACUGAGCAUCAAACAGGAACUGAAGCUGUCCGACUCAGCAGUCCAUCGAAAGAGGGACCAAAAAGCUAUUAAGGACUUGAUGGUGUGUCCCAAGAAGAAAAAAAGGAAGCAGCGCUCACCAGCAAAGAUUCUCAGCAUGAACGAUGAUGGAUCUUUGGGUGUACAAAACCCCAAGUGUCACAUUUGUGUUCACUGUAAUGCUGCAUUCAGAACAAACUACCAUCUACAGAGACAUGUCUUCAUUCACACAGGGGAGAAACCCUUUCAGUGCAGCCAGUGUGACAUGCGAUUCAUUCAGAAAUAUCUCCUCCAGAGACAUGAGAAGAUCCAUACUGGUGAGAAGCCUUUUCGCUGUGACGAAUGUGGGAUGAGGUUCAUCCAGAAGUAUCACAUGGAGAGACACAAAAGGACUCACAGUGGAGAGAAGCCAUACCAGUGUGACUACUGUCACCAGUAUUUCUCCAGAACAGACCGGGUUUUAAAGCACAGACGAAUGUGUCAUGAAAACAGAGAGAGGAAGACGAACAAGACAGCUGGUGAAGUUGGACCUUUGCGUGAGGCAGAUCCCUUAGGGUCUCCUUUUCUUCCUAAAGAGUGUUCACUACCCAAGAAAAAGCGGCAGAAAUGUGCAGAAAAGAGUUUAGGUGCUUCCACUACUGUGCAGACAGACGGGCACACGUUUGCUGUCAGGGAAACUGAGGAGAAGGAGGAGCAGAGCCAAGGUAAAAUUCAAAGUCCAUCUCUGUACGCUGUUUCGUCAAAGGUAAAACAUGAGUAUGUGAUAUCUGACUACUCUGUAGAACUUCCCGAAGAAACACCCAGUCAACAUGAAGACGGAGAAGUGUCACAAGGAGAGGCUACUCCUCCUAAAAUCGUUCUCAAAAAGAUUCCAAAGAGGAUUCUGAAACAGCCCAGUGAGCAAACCUCACCCUGCUUGCCCACUUUGUCCUCAUUUGAGGAAAAUGAUAAGGUGACGCAGUACACCUUUGAAAUUGUGGAAAAGCAAAGUCUUCUAGACGUAGAAGGGAACACUGAACUUGAAUCGGUUGAAACUCUUCAAGGGGGACCAACAAAACCAGCAGCCAGCAGCACAAACUACGACGACGCCAUGCAGUUUCUCAAGAAGAAGCGUUACCUUCAGGCUGCGAUGGCCAACAACAGCAGCAGUCGGGAUUAUGGCCUGAACACAAGCAGCAUCGCGUCUCAGCCUCCUGUUACACAAACGGUUGUGUCAACUGUCAUUGAUGAAACUGUCCCCGCCACCAUUCUGGAGCCUCAGCCAAUCAACACUGAACUCAAGACGGAGAAGAACGUUUUGCCUGAUGAGGUUCUUCAGACUCUGUUGGACCACUACUCCAACAAAUCUAACGGGCAAUCAGAUAUUUCUUUUAGCGUGGCUGAAACAGAGGUGACCUCAAGCAUAUCUAUUAAUUCCUCCGAAGUUUCUGACAGCAGCCCUGUGGAGAGCCUCGGAGCCUCGAGUACCCAAGCCCAGCCACCUACGGAGAAGGUCAGCCUCUUGCAAGAAUACUCCAAGUUUCUCCAGCAAGCACUGGAGAGGACGAGUCAGAACGACAGCUACCUGACCAGCCAGAGCCUCAGCUUGGUCGCCGACAACCCCACGUUAGCCGGGCAGCCUUUGUUCUCCACAGAGAAACAGUUUCCCUCACCCAGCAGGUUCAAAUCAGGGAUGAGCUCUCCACUAAGGUCCACCUUAGAGAAACCUCACUUUGGAUUACUGGUGGGAGACUCCCAACACUCGUUUUCAUUUUCAGGUGACGAGACCACCCCCCCCUCUGCUGUCUCCCCAGCUGAGGAGGACUUUCUGGAGCAGGUCUCGCCCUCUAAAAAGACUGACUCCUCACAAGGGAUACUGCAGACUUUCCAGAUAAGCUCUUUCGAGCAGAACUUCAAAUCUCAUUUCCAGACGUCCAGAUCUGGAUCCUCCUCGCAGUUUACUGUUGCCAAUGGACAAAUUAGCGUUCGAGGACACAGCACAGACUUCUCCGAUUUCCCUUUAGUGCGAGUCACUGAAACCAGGUCUCAACUGAACUCCUCCCCUGAUGUUUCGACCAGUGAAUCCUUUGGCUAAAGGAAAGUUUGGGAGAGUUACUUCAGAAGCACUUUACAUCAUCUCGUGUUUUGCCAAAUUGAGUCCCAUCGCAAAUAUGUGGUCUUUCGUAAAGCAGUUUGAAAAAAUAUUUGUUUGUUUUUCUUAACUUCUCUUACAACAAUAAAACAGAUAUUAUUUGCUAAAAGUCACACCAUAAUUACCAUCUCCCCUUUUGGAAAAAAAAUGAAUAUAUAUAUAUAUAUAUAUAAUAUAUAUAUAUAUAUAUAUAUUGUAGUGGAAUGUACACUAAAAAAUUAAGUGACCAAAGUGUAAUGCAAGAGAUUCAUGAAUUUCUCAUACCUUUACUGCCAUAGUUUAUUUUUAAUGUUGGUGUCAGUUUGCCUUGCUCUAAAAAAGAAAAAAAAAAGAAAAAAAAAAAAGUCUUGCUGCUUAAUGCAAUAUAACCAUUUAAAAUAUGUCGGCUAUAUAUAUAUGUAUGCCUUUUUGUUGUUACUGCAGCUACCUCCCCAUGCUGUUUACCUGUUGAAACCACUGAACCUGUAGUUGACAGUAAAACCCCCCUUUUUCCUUCUAGCUCUUAAACGUGAGCGUCCCAACACCAUAGCACAAUCAUUCUUCACUUUAUGUUAAAGUCACUUUAUUUUAAGCUAUCACAAAUAUUUCGACAGGAUGUGUGUAAUCAAAGGUACAGGACUAAUUAUAGUUACUUGGUCUGCAAUCCAGCUCAUCCUCAGUUCACAGACAGGGUCUAAUUUUGUUAGUUUUAAUUGCUGUUAAUUUUAUUUUCUGCGUUGCUUUCAUAAAUUAGUUAAGAUCACGUGGCACUGAUUUUACAAAUGCAACGCUUGCGCUUUAAAGGCUGUGUAAUUAAAAAGACUGGGCUCUGUUAAAUUGAAAACUUUGUUAAAAACAAGUUUUUGUAUUGCUUAAUUUUAAUUAUUUUUUUUUGCCUGAAAUAGCUGCACAUAUAUAAUGGCUUCAAUCUUUUUUCCUUUAGUAGUAUCAGGAUUGUGCUUAGCAUUUGCACAAUUUGCACGUUCUGCAUUACAGGGAAUGUAAAGUGCACAGUCAGAUAAAGAAGACCUUUUUAUUUUAGAUUUGGUUUUGGGUAAUUUGAAAUUACAGUUUUUGCUCUUAGUUGCUUAAAAGGAUGGAUCCCUUGUCUUUGCAGUUUGGGUACUUAGCAGUAGUUCUUGCAAGUCAUACAGGUUUUAGGGGAGCAGCCUUAUACUCAUUGAACAUCAUAGUUUUAUUGAAACUAAAUUAUAGAAAAUACAGCACAGGUGGAAAUGAGGAGUUUAGUUUUACAGUAUCAUUCAUUUUGCUUUUGUGCCUUUUUUUUUCAAAUUUCAGCACUUCUUUUUAAUCAUUCCGACAAAUGUACUUAUUUUUACUCAGCCUGUGCUUUGAGGUUAUUAAUUUCUGUUGCACAAUAACAAAAAACAUAAACUUUGAACUUAUUCACUCUGCAAUAUGUCAAACUGUGGGGAAUAAAAGUCUGUGUUUCAUGUUUGAUUAUUUUAAAGAUUUUGAACAAGAAAAUCACUAAAUUUAAAUCUAUUUUGUCGUUGGGAGGAAAUUGCAUUUCCGUGACUUUGCUGCAGUAUGUGUAGAAGUUUCAUGUUAGAUCUGUCUUUUGUUUGCUUGUUUUUUUUUUUUUUUAAUCAGUUUUGCCUGUUUGGUAGAUUUAAGUAUUCUAUCAGUCCCUAUUUGAUUAUUCUGGCCAGCCAUCCAAAUUCUUUUUUCUCUUCGAUGCAAAGAAUUGGACCGAUUCCUAUGAAUUUAACCGUGAUUUCCCAGGGACAUGGGCCGGAAUACAACCAGACUAAUAUCAACAAAAGAAAUCCUAAAUGGCAUGCAGUAGAGCAGGAACGCCGGCAAUGACUGUUGUCAGCCUUGCAGUCAAAACUUGUUGAUCAAAGGUGUUAUUAGCAAUUCUGAAACCAUAUUGGUUGUUCUGAAUAUUGGCUCUGAAAGGCCCCUGCAGGAGUCAUCACAUAAAGCCCGUGCCACGCUGUUACGCUGCAUAAUGUCCAGCACAUGCUGGACUGGUGGAAGUGGCUGUGAAUUGGAGGGCUACACCGGAUAUAUCCUAGGAAAUAGAAUUUUUUUUCACUUUGAUGGCUGGUCGUGCAGUUAAAACUUAGUGAGUUAUGAUGAGUCUAAUCUGUCACACUGUUGCUUGCUUUCUGUGUGUACAUAUAUAUGUGAUGUCUUGGGCGCCAUCGUGGUUAACUCUGUCUAAUAAGCGCCACCCAGUUCAGAACUGGUGUUAAGCUCCCACUGACAAUCAGGGACAAACAGCACCACAUUAUUCAUGAACUCCUUUCUUCUUUUUUAUUGAUAAUUUGAUCUAGAAUGUAUAGAAAAUAUCCUGCUGUAAAUACAUUGUAAAUUUUUAUGUUCUACAAAGUACUGUUUAUCUGGAAAGACGAGGUGUGUGCAAAGGACACCUUGUGUCAGUGAUAGGCAUGUUUUGAAGCAUUUCACAGAUUCGUAAAUCCUGUUAUCUGACAAGAUAUGCAGCAGUAUCGAAACAAGUGAUACUUUUUAAAAAGGUUUAAGUGCAGAUUUAUUCAAAUGUAUUUUUAAUUUUUUUAGUUUUAGAUUUAUGCAGUUGGAUACGCACUGCUGGGUUUCACUGUAGAAAAAUUUAUAAAUGAUGGAAGUUUUUCUUCAAGAAAAUUCAAGUAUGACUCAGCCUUGAUUUUCCUAAUCAAAUAUUUAACCUCAGCACCAAUAAGCAGCUCAAAUUCAUGUCAGUUAAAAGAAGCGUUGGUUGACUUAUCACCAAAAGAUAAUGGUCGUUUUUCACAAGCUACCCAUUUCAUUGUAAGCAAUCUUAAAAAGCACAGUAUACAUGAGUAGUCCUGCUUUUGUAAAUGUCACCUGAUUCAGUUCUGGGAAUUGUAUUUUUAUUUUUAUUUUUUUUUUCAUUUUGUUUGAGAAUCUUUAAUCCGAAACUGUCAGAUUCAUGAGUAAUGGAAACAGUUCUGUUGUGUAUUUUUCGCUUUGAUUAAAAAUUGUCAGUCUCAUGGCCAUAAGUGUCCUUGUAUAAGCUAGAAAAAAAAGGUUUUGUGUAAAAAGAUCAGAAUUAUGAAUUUUUUGAUAAACUAUUUUUGAAACAUGUCAUAUAAGGCACUGAUAUGUACAGUACACCAUAUGGAGUCACUCUUGCUACUCUCAUGUAUCUCUGUAUAAAUCGUUUGUGUCGAGAUCUUUUAAUUAGCCCACGGAUGAAAAUCUGAACUUUUACUGGCAUUUUCAUACUUUUAAAGAAUGACUAUGAAGCAUCCUGCUUCACUACGGGGUUGGCCUGACAUGGGGUUGAUUUGCAUGGAUCUCUGACAUGUUGGGUCGAGUGAAGUUGUUUUAUGAAUAAUGUGCAGCUUUAAUUGUAGCUGAUUAAUCAGUAAAGUAACCCCAUAUGAUUAGAGGUUUUUUGUUUUGCAAUAUUUUAUGAUUUGUAAGCAAUCUGAUUAAAAUGUUUUGAUUGUUGUGUGUCACGUCCUUAUGAAUAAAGUUAUUCACAGUAUGUGAGCUUGAAUCAAC